AUGACGUCAUCAUCUUCUAGGGGUAUGCGUGUCACAUGUGGACCCGUUGACGAUGAUUUAUUAUCGUUGCAAAAUAUACAUGUGUCACAGCAUGUUUGGAACAGAGAAGAUGACAGGAGAUUAAUAGCACGACGUGCUGCUCCAACGCGCACUGGAAUUGCGGGAGUUCCACAACAAAUAAUUCCGUUACUAGAUCAAGCUGGUUUCGGAUGGAUAGUGCGUCUUAAUUAUAUCAAAGUUAGUCCUGGUUUGCUAACGGCUUUGGUAGAGCGAUGGAGACCAGAGACACACACAUUUCACAUGCCAUUCGGAGAGUGCACAAUUACUCUUCAAGACAUUGGCAUGCUUGUUGGUCUUCCGGUUGACGGUGAACCGAUAUUAUCUCGAGGCAGUGCAAAUAUAUUGGAAUUGGGGGUUGUUUCACCGCAGUCUGAAAUUAAAGGACAUGGCUUGAGGCUAUCUUGGUUGGCAGCAAACUUUGGGGACAUUGCUGAUGACAUAGAUGAUGUACAUGUGUUGGUUCGUUAUGCUAGAGCCUGA